AUGUACUUCCUAUUUUGUCUAGGAGGUUUCAUAUUUUCUGUUAUUUUUAUUGCAAUAGUUAGAUUUAUAUAUUAGAGAAUAUAAAACCUGAGAAGGUAAAGAUUACAUGAAGAAUUGGUUGAGAUUGAUUCAGAUGAAAAUAAUCUAGAACAGGUUGAGAUUAAGAUUGAAGAAAAAACAUUAAGGAGUGAAGAUAGAAUGAUAAGAGGCUUAAAAGAAAGAGAAGAGGAGUAAGAACGAAAAAGACUUAAAGAAGAAAGAAGAAAGCAAGAAGAGCAAUUAGUGAAAUAAGACUUAUACCCAAUAAGUUAAUAAACUUAAUUAUAAUAAGAAAUUAUUACAAAACCUGUUUAGCAAUAGAUAUAAAUAUUAAACUAAGAAAUAAAAAAAAUAAAUAAUAAUAAUGAUCUUACAAAUAAUAAGAAAUAAUACUAUAAACAUUAAUAUUAAUAAUAACUAAUUACCAAAUUAAAAUAAUAAGGUGAAGUUAAAUCAAUUCCUCAUGUAAAAUAGAAUAUUUAAGUCACAAAUCCUGAAUUAGCACUGUUUGUUUUAAAAGAAUCAUUAUUAAGAGAUUAAAAUAUAGAUUUAUUAACAACAAGUCAAGAAUAUUCAUUUGGAUUUGAUUCAAUAAUAGGAUCAUAUGGCUCUGAUUAAUCUUGUUUAAAAGUUAGAAAUACAAAUCUUGAUUCUGAUAAAAUUGUGAAUGACAAUCAAUUAUUAUAACACCAUUUAUUAGAAUUUAAGUAACAAUUAUCAAGUUCUCUUAAUAUUUCAAUUGAUUAAAUUGAAAUUUUAGGAAUAUCAAAGAAACACUUCGAAAUUAAUUUUAAUAUUAAAGGAAAUGAUAUGGAAUCGGUUUAAUAACAGAUUAACAAUAAUCCAAACGCAAAGAGAUUCUUAAAUGAAUAUUGUGAUGGAAAAAUAGAAUAUGUAGCAUACUUUGAUCAAGCAAGAGUUGAUGCAUACAAUCUGGCAACAGACACAAAGCAAGGAAUCACUCUUUCUUCUGAUGAUUUUAAUCCUUCCCACAAUAGGAAUUGGGAUGGUUUUAAAGAGAAAGAAUAGAGGGGACCUGCUUAUCAUAGAUAUGAUUAUUAUUUUCCAAGAGGUUGCUAUGGAUUUGGUUUAAAUGUAAAAAAGUAUAGAAAUGAUGAUUGGAUAAAAAUGGAUGGUAAUCCCAAUGAAUGGAGAAUUAUGUAUCAUGGAACUAAAAAUUUGGCUGUUAAUUCAAUAGUGAAAAAUAAUUUAUAACCUGGUUAAGUUAAUCAACAUGCUAAUGAUUAAUGCUUAGAUGAAUUCAACAAAAUUGUACGGGUAGGAUGUGGAAUUUAUUUCUCAAACAAAGUUGAUGUAUGUAUUAACGAUAGAUAUGGAAAUCAUAUUGAUGUGGGUAAUAAAAAAAUUGCUGUUGUAUUUAUGUCAAGAGUAAACCCAAAAAAAAUUAGAUAAAGCGAUAAAAUGAAAGAGCUUGAUUAUUUUGUUAUUAAUAAUUCAGAGGAUGUUAGGCCAUAUAGGAUACUAUUGCAUGAAAAAAAAUGA